AUGUCUUUUGAACCUUCAGAAUCCCAUGGUAUUGAUGGAGUUCAACACCGGAGGGCCAGUGUUGCAGGCACCUCUGGGUUUGAAAAAAUGACAGUUAUCGAUGACUCUACGGUUGAGAUGCGGGUCAAGUCUACAGCAGUUGAGUUUGACACCCCGAUCCCAGAGACAUCCAAUGUUUUUGAAGAAAUUCAUGAAGAAAGCGAAACUCAAGAAUCUGAUGAGGACAGACAACUUGGCUCUAAUACUACUAAUAAUAAUAACAAUAACAAUAACAAUAACGACAACGACAACGACAACGAAGAUGACGAUGAUGACUACACGGAGUACCCCGAGGGCGGACUUAUGGCCUGGCGGGUUGUGCUUGGAUCCUUUUUCGGGUUAUUUUCAGUGUUUGGUCUCAUCAAUUCAUUAGGUGCCAUACAGGCUUAUGUCAAUGUUAAUCAGUUGUCGCAGCGUUCUGAUUCCCAAGUAUCGUGGAUUUUCUCAGUUUUCUUGUUUCUUUGUUACUUACUCGCUGGUCAGGUCGGCCCAUUGUUUGAUGCUUAUGGUCCAUACCAACUUGUUAUUGCCGGAACAUGUUUUUAUACACUUGGAAUUAUGAUGACUUCUCUUGCAACCGAGUAUUACCAGUUUUUCCUGGCAUUCUCGCUCUGUGCAGGACUCGGUUGCGCGCUACUCAUGACUCCAGAAAUAGCUAUUAUCGGCCACUGGUUUAAAAAACGUCGUGGAACUGCUAUUGGAGCUGCAACUGUGGGUGGAAGUCUAGGAGGUGUCAUAUUCCCUGUAAUGUUGCGCCAAAUGUAUUCCACUGCAGGCUAUGCUUGGGCCUUACGUGCACUGGGGUUUAUUAACUUAGGAACCUUGCUUCUAUCGCUUUUCCUGAUGAAACCCAGACUCGAAUCAGUGACCCCGGCUACAGCAUCUGGGAAAUCCAAAAUGGCCUCCAUUUUCUCGGUCAAAAAUAUGGCCGACGUACGUUCUCUGCGCGACAUGCGAUACGCAUGGCUUGUAGCUGGCAACUUUUUGGGCGAGCUUGGUGUUGUAAAUGGCUUAACUUUUAUCACAUCGUAUGCUUUAGCACAGGGCAAGUCUCCUGGAAUGUCUUAUGCACUUCUUGCCAUUCUUAAUGCCGUUGGAAUGCCUGGUCGCUGGCUGCCAGGACUUAUUGCUGACCGCUGGCUCGGCCGGUUUAAUACGCUUAUUCUAACUACCAUCAUGGCGUUUCUUACCAUCUUUAUCAUCUGGCUACCAUUUGGUCAUACUACUGCAGGCCUGGUCAUCUUCUGUGUACUCCACGGGUUUUGUAAUGGUGCCAUCUUGUCUCUGUCCCCCGUGUGCUGUGGCCAGAUUUGUAAGACUCGCGACUACGGCAAACGCUACGGUACCAUGUUUUUCAUCACAUCGUUUGCAUGUUUGCUUGGUAUUCCAUUGUCCGGUGCACUGAUUCACGGUACUAACUACAAUAACUUGGUUAUUUUUAACGGCUCUCUGUAUGUUGGCACCACCUUGGCGCUUUUGAUGUCUCGCUACUACGCCGUUGGUUUUCGUCUAUGUAAAUGGUAA